AGUAGGUCUCCUAGGCGGAAACCAGAGCCGAGUGUGUGUUUUUCCCAGGGUGUCCCGCGCUGCUGUCAUGGCCGCGUCCAAGUGACGAUGUCUGCACAUGGACUUCUAGAACCCCUUUUGGCUGCAGCGAUAUCCAGAGUGAUGUGGAUACCGGAGCUGGCAGUUUUGAGGGGCUUCCCCACUGAGGCUGAGCGGCAGCAAUGGAAGCAGGAGGGAGUCGCCGGUUCAGAGAGUGGAUCUUUCUUAAAAUUGCUGCUUGAAGGGAAUUAUGAGGCCAUAUUCUUAAAUUCAUUGACUCAAAAUAUUUUUAACUCAACAACUAUGACUGAAGAAAAGAUGGACAGCUACCUGGAGAAGCAGAUAGUAACAUUCCUGGAUUACUCAACAGAUUUGGACACAACUGAAAGACAACAGCUGAUAUUCCUAAUUGGUGUAAGCAGUUUGCAACUUUUUGUUCAGAGUAACUGGACGGGGCCUCUCGCUGAUUUACAACCUCAGGAUUUUUUGCCAUCUAUUUUAUUCCAGCAAUUCAGUGAGGUCAAAGGACUAGAUGCAGUUGUUCUGAAUCUGCUUGUUCUAGAUGGUGAAUCAGUCUACAGCCUGACCUCAAAGCCUAUUCUGCUCUUAUUAGCGCGAGUUAUUCUAGUGAAUGUGAGACAUAAACUGACGGCUAUUCAGAGCUUGCCGUGGUGGACUUUGAGAUGUGUGAGUGUUCACCAGCAGAUACUGGAGGAGCGCUCCCCGCAGCUCUCUGCUCUUGCUGGAGACUGUAUCGAGGAAGUGAUGAAACUAGAGGAUCUGUUUGUAGGUGCUUCUGGUCAGUAUUUGGCUAUUCAAUUCCAUCUGGAGUGUGCAUAUAUAUUUUUAUAUUAUUAUGAAUAUACAAAAGCGAAGGAUCAGUUCAACAUUGCUAAAGACAUCAGCAAAUUACAAAUUGAUUUGACAGGUGCUUUGGGGAAAAGGACACGGUUCCAGGAAAAUUAUGUGGCACAACUUAUUCUAGAUGUAAGAAGGGAAGGGGAUGCCUUUUCACAUUGUGAAUUCAGUCCAGUACCUACUCCUCAGGAACAUUUAACCAAGCAUUAUACCCCUUUUUCACAUUUCAUUUACAUAAAAGUUGAAUGCAGUCCUCUAGUCCUCUUGUUCGGCGCAAAUUUCCAAAAGAAUAACCCAGUGCAUAAGUUGACUGAAGAGGAGCUGCUGACAUUUACGUCGUUUUUGCUUUCACAACCAAAGUUUUGGGCCAUUCAGACAUCAGCCUUGAUCCUCCGGACCAAACUUGACAGAGGAAGCGCACGCCGAGUGGAGCGCGCAAUGAGGCAGACACAGGCUCUUGCAGACCAAUUUGAAGAUAAGACUACAUCUGUAUUGGAACGUCUGAAGAUUUUCUAUUGCUGUCAAGUACCCCCUCACUGGGCCAUUCAGCGCCAACUUGCACGUUUUCUCUUUGAGCUGGGAUGCACGAGUUCAGCCCUUCAGAUAUUUGAGAAGCUAGAAAUGUGGGAAGAUGUUGUCAUUUGUUACGAGAGAGCUGGGCAGCAUGGGAAGAAAAUUUGUCUCUAUGUGUUUGUUGUCUCUAUGUGUUUGAAUGACUUUGACCUUUUGUCUUUGCAGCUGGGGGUGUGGUUUUCUCUUGGCUGUGCCUAUUUGGCCUUGGAAGACUACGGAGGUUCUGCGAAGGCAUUUCAGCGUUGUGUGACUCUAGAACCCGACAAUGCUGAAGCUUGGAACAACUUAUCAACUUCCUAUAUCCGAUUAAAACAAAAAGUAAAAGCUUUUAGAACUUUACAAGAAGCCCUCAAGUGCAACUAUGAACACUGGCAGAUCUGGGAAAACUACAUUCUCACUAGCACUGAUGUUGGGGAAUUUUCAGAAGCCAUUAAAGCCUAUCACAGACUCUUGGACUUACGAGACAAAUACAAAGAUGUUCAGGGAGAAAGCAGUGCCUUUGAGAAGAGCGGGGUUGGCAAGGGCCGGGUGCGCCCGGCACACAGCGGCGCCUCCCUGGAAGCCGUUGUGGUGGCAGAGCUGGUGUGCGCAGAGCUACACCCGCAGAGGCCGCAGAGAUCGCCCCCAGUCCUGUGA